AUGUUAAAAAUAAUAAAUCAUCAAAAAAGUAUAAGAACUACUCCAGGUAGUUGGUUGGUUGUUGAUACAUUGAUCGGAUGCCCAGAGUCAGAGAUUGAGUAUUCAGCUCAAGUCAUUCCAAAUCUUGGAUACCAAGGCUUCCUCUCAAUUCCAUUUGCCACCAUUCAGAAUGCCACCUAUCCAAAUGGAGCUGUUGAGCAGUCAUCAUCGUUUAACACUCAGUACAGAAUGAAUAUGUAUCGUGUCGACUUUCCAACAACAACAUCACCAACUGAAUAUUAA